CGGAGGCGGAAGCGGCGACGGGACCGCCUGCCGCGGCGGGGGCGGCGGGGCCGGGUCGGGCGCCGCCAUGCCCCGGGACAACAUGGCCUCCCUGAUCCAGCGGGUGGCGCGGCAGGCGCGGAUCACCUUCCGCAGCCCGGCGGGGCCGGCCUUCGGGGAGAACCUGCACCGGCUGCAGCAGCUGCUGGACGAGGUGCGCGCCGAGGACCUGCACUUGGCGCCGCGGGGGCCGUCGGCGGCCGCGGCGGCGGCGGCGGGCGGGGGGUUCCCGUGGGCCGGCGUGGUGCCGCCGGUCAGCUACAUGCACAUCUGCGAGACGGAGAGCUUCAGCAUGGGCGUGUUCCUGCUGCGGAGCGGCGCCUGCAUCCCGCUGCACGACCACCCGGGCAUGAACGGCAUGCUGAAGGUGCUCUACGGCACGCUGCGCAUCGCCUGCAUGGACACGCUGCCCGCCGCCGCCGCCGCCCCGCCGCCCCCCGCCGCCGCCGGGCCCUGCCACCGCGCCCUGUACCGCUCCCGGCAGCACUACACGCCGGCCUCCCCGCCGUGCCUGCUCUCGCCGCACACCGACAACCUCCACCAGAUCGACGCCGUGGACGGGCCCGCCGCCUUCCUCGACAUCCUGGCGCCGCCCUACGACCCCCAGCACGGCCGGGACUGCCACUACUACCGCCUGCUGGAGGGGCCGCCGGCGGGCGCCGAGCCGCUGGCGCUGCCGCGGGAGGUGUGGCUGACGGAGACCCCGCAGGCCGCCGACUUCUGGUGCGGGGGCGAGCCCUACCCCGGGCCCCGCGUCUGCCUCUGAGGCGGCGGCCCGGGCCCGGCGGCCGCUGGGGCGGUGGGCGCUCGGCCCGCGCCGCCCGGAGGGGAGCCCGCCGCUCGCUGCACCCUGCCCGGCGCCGCCGGCCCGCCUCACGCCCCGGCCCGGCCACACGCUGCCAGGCGGCCCGGGCCCGGCGCUGCUGGGGCUCCGCGGGAGUGCUGCAGGCACCUCCUCGCCGAGGCCCGCCGGGCGUGCCGAGUCGGGGGGAGCAAAGUGCCGGGGUGCGUUUAUUCCCCUUGGGCUGGUGGGGCGGAGCAGCGCCGUUAAGCUGCUGCUCACCUCAGCGCUCAGGAGGAACUACUCCGGCGCCCUGUGCGGUGCGGGGGGUCGGCCCCGGCGGGAGGGCGAAGGUGUCGUGGGGCGCCGCGAGCGGCUUGGCGGGGUGGGCUCCCCAGCCUGGGCAGCGGGCUGGGCUGGCUGCAGCCGCUGGGCACGCCGUCUGCCACAGCCAUCCUCGAGAGUCUGCGGGCCAAAAACCGGCCCAGAACAGCUCCUGAGCCAGGACGUGCGCCUCCAGUAAAUGCCAGCAAUCCCCGCGGCUGGAGUUAAGGGAGCUCCCCCUCCUAAGGGGCACUGUCAGGUUCAGAAUCACUUUUUUUCCGUACCUUAAAGCAUUGCCUCUAAGAUCUCGCUAUUGCAACUGAGAAUUACAGAGUACGUCUAUGCAUAUUUCCUUCAGCUAGGAGAAGGAGACUAGUCGGCUGCUCGUUAACCUGCUUGGAACCUCUCAUGCAGCAGUGGCAGAGGGCAGCAGAAGCUGUGGGCAUCUUAAGAGAAAAACCAACUAUCCACUGUUGAGUCGUGGAAGCUAUUCUAGAAACGUGACGUUUGCAAACCCUAUAUAUACAGCAGCGCACAUAACCCUAGGUACAGAUAAGAUUUGACCCGAUGUCUUCUCUUUAAAGUAGGGUCUGUGUUUUUAUAUGGACAAGAGAACACUUUGGGCUUUCGAAGCCUUGCAGUUUCCCUCUUUAUACUAUUUAUAAAGACUACUUUUUCAUAAGGCUUUUAAAUAAACAUAGCAUAGAAGAGACACCAUGAAUUUUGCCUUGCUAAUGAUGGAAGCAGUCUGGAGAUGUGGUUUGUCCACGGCAGGGGAUGCGGUCUUUCUAACAAGGGAGAAACUUUCUGUAGGUGAAACACUCCAUCUGCACUGCAGGGACUGGUCUCGUGCCUCUUCAUCCCAACGCACACUUCGUACCCCAGACCCAGACCGGGGCAGCCUUGGCCUGCUUGGUCACAACGUGGGAAUUUGAAUAAUAAACACGACUGACCAACUUCCUAAGCGAUGUACCAACCUGCUCCAGAAAUCAUUCCACAACUGGCUUUAAUUUUUCUUUGUGUAUUUAUAAAAGCAGACUUGUUUUUCCUGUACAGUGGCUUGUAUGUGUGAAUUGUGUGAAUUUUUAAAUGAUUCUGAUACGGCAUUGCCUUUUUUUUUUGUUUGUUUGUUUGUUUUCCUGCAAAAGAAUGAGUGUAAAAUACAGUCAGCAUUAUGCAUGCAUGGAUUAAUUCUUUUGCAAGGAAAAAAUGGUGGAAAUUAUUUCAGGCGAUUUCCAUUUAUUCUUACAGCACUUUAAAGUGUCUGGUAUUUCUGCAGCUGGCUUACCUGUUUUUCCUGGAAUUCCCCUGCAGCUUAGCAUUAGUUAAUGUGCAACAAUUCUGUAUCGAAUGUAGUCAUUAAGUAUAACGCAAUGCCUCCCUGUGUUACAGCCCGUUUCUAACCCUCUCCGAUGCUAAUGAAGACCAUCAUCCUUUUACAAAAGUCCACAAAGAAGAUAGCGUGGUGCAUGCAAACAGCUGUACUGGAAAAACAAACUGCGACAGAGAACAUUUUUAUCUCGUCCGCUCUGUCCUCCCCUUAGGUCUUUCUGCUUGGUUUUUAAUUUUUUUUCCUCCAUGUGCAAAACCUAGUCGAGAUGUUUAAUGGGAUAGGACUUUAAUGCGUCUUUCCAUAGAGGACAGCAUGGUCCCUUAUGCUGCGGAGUGCUGUUAACAACCGCGGCAAAACUUUUUUUUUUUUUUUUUUUAUUGGUGUUAGCAUCAAGGUAUUAAAGCUGGGGGAAAUAGCAAAACCUGAGAUGCAUUAAAGAAAAGCCUCUUUGUGUAACUUCUUGCUCACUCAGUAAUUGAAACUUACUUCAUACGUGCUGGAUAUCUGUAAGCAGAAGGUUUAAGUCCAUGAUGCCGUUCCUUCUCUCUGCAGUCUGGUUUUUGUGUUUUCACAACAGCAAAAUUACUGUUAUUGCUGAGUUAUAGAAUAAAUACAGGAUAUCUUA